ACAUGAUAGCAGUUAGAUUGGGGUAGUUGGCGGUGGGGCUGCAGCCAUGGGGGUCUCGCUGGCUUUGGGGCUCCUGUUUGGCGCGGCAGCGCUGUAUGGAGGUGCGGCGGCGUGCGGAUACCAGUCCUGCUCUGUGACAAAACCCAACAUGCUCAAUGUCCAUCUCAUCCCGCACACGCAUGACGAUGUGGGCUGGUUGAAGACAGUGGACCAGUAUUUCUUUGGAGUCCGCAAUGACAUCCAGCACGCUGGGGUGCAGUACAUCCUGGACUCUGUCAUUCCACAGCUGCUGGCUGACCCCAGCAAACGUUUCAUCUAUGUGGAAGUAGCAUUCUUUGCCCGUUGGUGGGGGCUGCAGACAGAAGCCAUGCGCCAGGCCGUGCGGCAGCUUGUUGCUGAGGGGCGUUUGGAGUUUGUGAAUGGCGGCUGGUGCAUGAAUGAUGAGGCAGCUGUACACUACUCAUCCGUCAUUGAUCAGAUGAGUCUUGGGCUCCAUUUCCUGCAAGAGACAUUCGGCGAGUGUGGCCGACCCCGGGUUGCCUGGCACAUUGACCCUUUUGGGCAUAGUCGAGAGCAGGCCUCACUGUUUGCACAGAUGGGCUAUGAUGGUUUCUUUCUGGGUCGCAUCGACUACCAGGACAAGGCCCACCGUGAGGCAUUGCGUGAGAUGGAGCAGCUGUGGCGUGCGAGUGGGAGCCUAGAACCCCCUGUUGCUGAUCUCUUCACUGGUGUCCUACCAAAUGGCUACAAUCCUCCAAUGUCUCUCUGCUGGGAUCAGUCCUGCUCUGAUGACCCCAUUGUGGAUGAGGACAGCGAUGAAAACAAUGUUCAGAGUCUAGUGACCUAUUUUCUAGGGGUUGCAGCUGCCCAGUCCAAACACUAUCGCACCAACCACAUUGUCAUGACAAUGGGCUCUGAUUUCCAAUACGAGAACGCCCAACUCUGGUACAAGAACAUGGACAAGCUGAUCAAGCACGUCAAUGCGCAGCAACUCCGUGGGAGCCACGUCCAUGUUCUCUACUCUACCCCGAGCUGCUACUUGUGGGAGCUGAAUCAGGCAAACAUGUCCUGGUCUGUGAAACAAGACGACUUCUUUCCAUAUGCUGAUGGCCCCCACCAGUUCUGGACAGGCUACUUCACUAGCCGGCCAGCUUUGAAACGCUAUGAGCGGCUCAGCAACAACUUCCUACAGGUCUGCAACCAGCUGGAGGUGCUGGCUGGCACACGAGCGAAUGUGGGACCUUACGGCAAUUCCAGCAGUUCUGAGCUGCGCAAGGCCAUGGGAGUUGCUCAGCAUCAUGAUGCAGUGAGUGGCACAGCGAAGCAGCACGUGACCAACGAUUACGCCAAACAGCUGUCUAGUGGUUGGGACGCCUGCCAGGUUGUGAUCAGUAAUGCCCUGGCCAGUAUUGGUGGCAGCAAAGAGAACUUCAUGUUUUGCACAUACCUUAACAUCAGCAUCUGCCCUCUGACUGAAGCUGCCAAUAAGUUUAUGGUGAUGAUCUACAACCCUCUGCCACGCCACGUGAACCAGAAUAUCCGGCUGCCAGUGAACGGAAGCCAUUACUCAGUGACGGCUCCUGAUGGUCAGCCAGUUCUGAACGAGGUCAUCCCUGUAUCAACCUUCACCCGUUGUGUGCAGCGUAAUCGAGGCAAUGCUAUCAAUGAGCUGGUAUUCCAGGCAUCCGCUCCACCUCUGGGCUAUAGCUCUUACACCAUCUCCAAGCUGCCUAGCAAGAGCUUGGCCCACUCCAAGCUACUGAAGAGGCUGUAUGAUCAAACCCUGCCUGGAAUGCAGCAUCUCUCUUGGGGUAUCCAGAAUGAGCAUCUGCGGGUCCUGUUUGAUCCCAAAACCGGACUGCUGAAGGAGAUUCAGAACUUGGACAAGAGCAUAUCGUUGCCAGUGUCUCAGAACUUCUUUUGGUAUAAUGCCAGUAUUGGAAACGACGACAUCAGCCAGGCAUCUGGGGCCUACAUCUUCCGUCCCAACGCGUCUGAACCCUUCCCUAUUACUGAGGGAGUCCGCUUGUACAAAGUGAAGACCCAAGUGGUACAGGAGGUGUACCAAAACUUCUCCAGUUGGUGCUCCCAAGUGGUACGGCUCUAUGCUGGGCAACCAUAUAUCGAGCUAGAGUGGACAAUAGGACCCAUCCCGAUCGGAGACGGUCUUGGCAAGGAAGUCAUCACUCGCUUUGAUACAAAUCUCCAGACAGAUGGGCGUUUCUACACAGACUCCAAUGGGCGUGAGAUUCUAGAGAGAAGGCGGGAUUACCGGGCUACGUGGAACCUGAGCCAGACUGAGCCCGUGGCUGGCAACUAUUAUCCUGUGAACAGCCGCAUCUACAUCAAGGACCAGAAGGUCCAACUAACAGUGCUGACGGACCGUUCGCAGGGAGGCAGCAGCACAGCUGAUGGCUCUCUUGAGCUCAUGGUACAUCGACGGCUACUGUAUGACGACAACCGGGGUGUAGGGGAGCCACUGCUGGAACCUGGUAUUUACCAUGAUGGGCUAGUGGUCCGGGGCCGCCACCUCAUCCUCCUAGAUACUGCAGAGUCCUCUGCUGAGCAGCACCGGCUGCUGGCUCAGCAGGAAUUCAUGGCACCCCAGCUAGUGCUGGUACCUGGCGGGGGACCUCCCUACCAGCCUGGCCAGCGCAGCCUCAAGCAGUUCUCUGCUCUGCGACAGGCCCUACCUUCAAAUAUCCAUCUGCUCACAUUGGCUCAAUGGGAGCCUGACUCCAUCCUGAUCCGCCUGGAGCACCAAUUUGAACGAGGGGAGAGUGCUAACAGCUCCAUGCCAGUCACUGUUAACUUGAUGAACAUGUUCUUGUCCUUCAACAUCAUCACUAUCCAGGAGAUGAAUUUGGCUGCCAACCAGAAGCGAGAGGACAUGAGAAGGCUAAUCUGGCAGUCAGAUGCAGACGUAGCAAGUCACCGGUCAGCCCGUAAGCUGGACCCAACAAGGAUAGUACUACAACCCAUGGAGAUUCGGACCUUCCUAGCUCAGAUACAGCAAGAAUCCGGCAUAUGAAAUUAAUGCUUUCUGAUUCCGUCCAGUUGGGAGUCAGCCAUUACCUCAAGACAGUUUUUAUAGGGGGCUUCUCAAGUUAGGACAAAUGUUUCAGGUUCUCUAGGCCAAAUAUUCUCAUCUCUUGUAGAGAGGGGAUUCUUUGGGGCUUCUUAAAGCCUACCUUGAAGGGACACCUUCUUAAUGUUUUAUGAUUUUGGCCCCUAUUGAUGAAUGGAAAAAGGAUCACAGCAGAAUGUACUGUUUCAUCUCUUCCCUAAAACCCUGCAGAGCGAGUGUAUUUUUCCUGGGGGAAGCACAGUGUUCUUAAAUUAUGUGGGCAAUUGUCUUUUUAAUAAAGCAUUUCAUACAGCCACCUAGCACCUGACACAUAAAGAGAAGAUCCUCAAUUUCUUUGCAAGGUCAGUACUAGAUUGCAAAACAGUUGCUGCCCCACACUUUCUCUCGUUCUUCCCUUCUCUGUUAUUUUUGUCAUUCCUCAGGGGAGGGAAAGAUGAUGACUAGGCUUUGUUAGUAUGUAAAAUUUCUCAUCUUUGCUGAGGACCCAGCACGGUGAAGGGGCUAGCGUGUCGAGUAGGCCCUAAGAGACUCAGAUUCAAAUCUCCACUUCGCUAUGGAAGCUUACUGGGUGACCUUGGGCCAGGCACAGCACCUCAGCCUAACCCUACCUCACAGGGCAGUUGUAAGGAAUAAUGGGAAGAGAACUACGUAAGCUGCUUUUGGUCCUCACUAGGGAAGAAAGGUGGGAUAUAAAUGAGUGUUUAUUUAAAAUAAGGCUUUCAAGACCCAGAGGUGGACUUCAGGCAUCCUCAAUGCUGCUUUGCUUUAUCAGGGGUCGUUAAGGGCCCAAGUCAGGCAUCUGUGAGCUAAGGCAAGGAUUUGGGAUACAAGAGGGACAAGGAAGAGCUUGCAUUCCACUCAUGAGUACUUCAAGAUUAAAUUGCAAAAAAAAAAGUCAUAUAUACAAAGAAGGUGGUGGUGUGGCUACAUUUCUCUUUCAUAU